GACAUUUUAAUUCAUUAAUACUUUUUCUUCUGCGCCUGCUCGUCUGCUCGUCUUCUCGGAUUUUCCGUUUAUCGUAUUAGUCUGCCGGUCUUCCAGUCUCCCAGAAUAUAUGUAAACACGAGCUCAGCCACGGUUUGAGUCCAUUCAUUGUACUUUCCACCCAACGACGGGUGUCCUAUAACCAACAAUUGCUUUCGCUCAAACACUUGCAGAGUCGAUCUCGUUCUGAUUAUCAUACAUAUCGUCACUCACACGAACGGCCACGAUAGAAGGAGACACGAGAAGGAGAAGUCUUGGGUGCUUGUAUCCUUGAGGAUUUAAGUAUUUGCGAGUUCAGAAUUAGUCUUUCGUCUCAAUCGAUCAACCGAUCGAUCAAUACAAUCAACAGUAAGAAAAGGAGAAUAAACUUCUAAUUUACAAUUUCUCCUACGAGCAGGGUUGGAUUAAAUACUCCCUCUCUACCUAUCAUCCAUCUACUCGUACCUACCAAUCUAUUGCCGUCUGACAGAGUAGAUCAGUUCAGACAUCCGUCGACUAGUUCAAUUGCGGAAAAGGCUACCGGGCACUCACGUUCUACUCGCAAACAUUCACAUCCACACGCUUCCUCCGAAAAACACCAUCACAUCAUCACCACCGUCUCGUUCUUUAAACCUAUUUUACGAUAAUCAUUCACGUCGCUCUUUUCUGUUAAAACCGUCUUCGAGAUAAAGAAGAAGACUAUCAUACCCGGGCAUUUUCGAGACUUUCCGCCACUACGAGCUACGCAUGAGAUAAUCAAGGGUGCAACAUUCUUUUACUUCGGUACUUUGCGAUACGAGGGGAGCUGGUGGUGCUCUCGUCAGGCGGUGCCCCAGUCCAUUGCAACGAAAGAUUGUGAGGACAACAGGACAGCAGAUCAACAAUUGUACACAGCUAUAGAUUAUAGAUCAUGCACAUAUUGAGGAGUGUAGUCGUACUCACGGCUUUGUUUUCAAAUUCCAUAAAUGCACACUCUAAUGAAAGGAACCCUUUAACAUAUAUCUCAAAGGUCGAGACUCCGAUAAUUAAAACUCCGUCACAUCGAGUGCAUGCCUUGUCGAGUUUUGAUGUCGAGUUUGGAUUGCAUGGGGGACAACAACGAGUGAAGCUGUCGCUGAAACCUAAUCACGAUGUUAUUGCUGAGGGAGCCACAAUUACACAUCUGGCUGCCGAUGGCACUGUAAGGACCUCGGAAACCAUCGACAGGUCGGCGCAUCGCGUUUUCAAGGGGUCGACAUGGCUACAGCCUUAUGAUGGUGCGGAUUGGACUAAUGUGGGAUGGGCGCGGAUAAUAGUGAAAAAGGAUGGCGAUGAACCUCUAUUCGAAGGCGCAUUUAAAUUGGAUGGUGAUCAUCACCAUAUCCAGACAAAGACGAGUUUUAAGUCUACGAGACAUGGAUUGGAUCCAUCGCCACCGGAUGAAGAAAAAGAAUAUAUGGUUGUGUGGAGGGAUUCUGACAUUGGGACUGGUUAUACCGAAGAUAAUGAAGGACUCAUGCACCCGGAUUUGAGAAGAAGCGCACGGGAGGGCCCUUCAUGUUCCGCGGAUGGGCUUAACUUUAACACGAUGAAUAAUCCGAUCAACAAUUAUGAACCGAUGGCUAAACGGGAAGAGGGAUUCUGGGGGUCAAUCUCGACACGAGCCAUAUUUGGAAGGCAACUUGAUACACAAUCAGGUGGAAACUCUGCCGGAGUCAACCUUGCGACCACUAUUGGAUCAACAGCUGGAUGUCCUUCUACUCGAAAAGUCGCCCUCGUGGGAAUAGCUACGGAUUGUACAUACACAGCCGCUUUCAAUUCUACCGAAACGGCUCGAGAAAACGUUAUCCAAAUUCUUAACUCUGCCUCGGUACAAUACGAGGAUAGUUUCAACAUCACUCUGGGUUUGCAAAAUCUUACCGUCAGCGAUGCUGCUUGUCCCGCUACUGCAUCCUCUUCGGCUCCCUGGAAUGUGGGAUGUAGUGAUAGUGUUACGAUUCAAGAUCGAUUGAAUUUGUUUUCUGCGUGGAGAGGUGAACGCCAGGAUACUAAUGCUUAUUGGACUUUGCUUAGUACUUGUGGAACUGGAAGUGCUGUCGGUUUAGCUUGGCUUGGUCAAGCCUGUGUUACAGGCGCACAGGUAGCCUCAACGUCAUCUGGCAAUGAAACUGUUAGUGGUGCCAAUGUAGUGGUUAGAACCAGUACCGAAUGGCAGGUUCUUGCCCAUGAGACUGGACACACCUUCGGAGCUGUCCACGACUGUACAUCAUCAACUUGUAAUGAUGGGCAAACAGUCGCGGCACAACAAUGUUGUCCUCUCAGUAGCACAACUUGUGAUGCUGGCGGAGCAUACAUCAUGAACCCCAGCACUUCAAGUGGCAUCACACAAUUCUCACCUUGUAGUAUUGGAAACAUUUGUUCCGCUAUCGGAAGAAAUGGAGUCAAAACCAAUUGUCUGACUGCAAAUAGAGAUAUCACUAUAAUUACCGCAAGUCAAUGUGGUAACGGAAUUGUGGAAUCAGGUGAAGAUUGUGAUUGUGGUGGAACUAGUGGGUGUGGGAGCAAUAGUUGCUGCGAUCCAACUACUUGCAAAUUUAGGACAAAUGCAGUUUGUGAUCCUAGCAAUGAGGACUGUUGUACAUCGACUUGCCAGUUUGCAUCCAGUGGUACAGUAUGCCGUGCUAGUACGGGUGUCUGCGAUCCACAAGAAGUCUGUAGCGGAACUGCUGCUACUUGUCCUGUAGACGCUACUGCUCCUGAUGGAACUUCUUGUGGCAAUUCUUCUUCCUUGUCCUGUGCUUCAGGUCAGUGUACUUCGCGGGAUCUUCAAUGCAAAACCAUUAUGGGAUCAUACACCACAGGCAACGACACAUACGCCUGCUCCUCCUCUGGUUGUCAAAUCUCCUGUGCUUCCCCCGAAUUUGGCUCCCACGUCUGCUACUCCAUGCAACAAAAUUUCCUCGACGGAACAUCUUGUCAAGGUGGUGGCAAAUGUUCCAACGGUGAUUGCAAAGGUGCAUCAGUCAGCAAAGAAAUCACUUCCUGGAUUCAGGAACAUAGGAAUCUCGUGAUAGGUAUUGCUUCUGCAGUUGGCGCUUUGCUCAUCUUUGCAAUACUCAGCUGCUGUAUAGGCAGGAUGAGAAGGAGAAGGGCAAUUAGGUUAGCAAAGGAAAGAGCGGUUAAUAAUCCACAUGGUUGGUCGCAAGGGCCGAAUAUGUGGCAGGCUCCGUUAAGUGGUGCUAGAGGAGGGAGAGGAGCAGCAGCUCCCAGUGGGGGUACUUGGGUAGAUGGGAGGUGGAUACAACCGCCGCCGCCUGGGUGGCAACCAAGUGCUAGGUAUGCUUGAUAUGAAAGAUUUUGUAGCUUAACAUUGGGUAUGGGAGAAUUUAUGGCAUACAUUAUGCAUUAUAUACAUCACAUGGUGUUUUGGAAUGAUUCUAUUGGGGUCUUGAUAUAGGUUCGAUGGAACGAAAUGAGACAUGGCGUUUUCGGGUCUCGGGGUUCUUGGGUAUAAAGAUGGCGGGUGGCUUAUCGUUUGGUAUAAAUACCAGCAUACAGCGUUACCAAACUCGUCUAUUAUGUUUACUUCUCUACUUCUUUAUUUAUUUAGUUAUUUAUCUAUUAGAUCAUGGUGGCAAAAGAAAAGAGUGGGAGAGGGGAGAAGGAGGACAAUGAAUGAAUGAAUUGAUUGAUUUGUUCAUUGAGCAGAUUUUUGCUACUGUGAAAUAUGAACGUGAAGCUCGGUAUCUAAAAUCUGGAAUUGUGAUUUCUUUUAGGGGAACGCUAAGAUUGAGUGAGGAGAGUGAGGAGAGUGAGGAGAGCGUGAGCGACUGAUCACUGCUGGGAGUGCGAGCCUACAACAGAUAGGAAAAUAGAUUCGUUAAUAAGCA